GCUGUUGAUUUCUUAGCCUAAUGGGAAGAGGCCGCCUAUCUCCAUGCAGUCAUAAAAACACACUCACAGAGCAUCAGCCAACUUGAAGCUACGCUAAAGCUGCUUCUUGCGCUUUUUCUGCAUAUGGAAGAUUACAACAGCCUCAAUGUAGUUUAAGACAAACUCUGUUGUACCAGGUUAGUGUUAGCCGGUUGCUAUCUGCAGUGAAGAGGAGAGACUGCUGCCGCGCCUCUGAUCGCCGUCCAGCCUUUAAACACAGUUGUUUCUCUGCGUAGAACAUAAUGUCUAAAGGUGAACCUGAAGAGAUGAUAGAGAUCGAGAUAGAUGAGCAGGAGAAGCAGGCAUGCCUGGAGGAAGGUGUUGAGGAGCAGACCAUUACUGCAUCAGAUCUGAUUCAACAAGAUAUUGACAUCAAUGAGCCCAUUGGCAAUUUGAAGAAGCUUUUGGAGCCCCGUAUCCAGAUAUCACUGGAUGCCUAUGAGAUCUGCUUGCAAGACAUUCAGCUUCACCCUGACCACAGCCUCUUUGACCAGGGUGUAAAAACCGAUGGCACCGUGCAGCUCAGCCUGCAGAUAAUAACCAAACCAGGAGAGGAGAAGUUGAACAUUUUGGAAAUUGUAAAGCCGGUAGAAACCGUAGAAGUAGUUAUUGAUCCAGAUGCAGCAGGAGAAGAUGGAACGCUGGUAGAGGAAGGUCAACUCAUUGCUGUGGAGCGAUCUGGCCUCUCUGAUGAGACCUCGGAGCAGGUUACACGCUGGGCCGCAGCAUUGGAAGGUUACCGCAAAGAGCAGGUUCGCCUAGGCAUACCAUAUGAUCCUGUGCUCUGGUCAGCUGACCAGGUGAUCCACUGGGCAGUGUGGGUAAUGAAGGAGUUUAACAUCGAUGAGAUGGAAAUCGGAAGCAUUCACAUCCCAGGUCGAGAUCUCUGCUUAUUCAGCCAGGAAGAGUUCCUUCAGAAAGUUCCCAACGGAGAGAUACUCUGGAGUCACCUGGAGCUGCUGCGCAAAUAUGUAUUGGCAAGCCAGGACCAGUCUGGAGGGGAUGCUACUGUCACCAUUGAUCAGCCCGUACAGAUUAUCCCAACUCAAGUAAGCACACCCACAGCCAUAAAGGUGAUGAAGCAGAGCCGUGGUCCCAGAACACCCCGUAUUUCUGGAGGAGAGGAGCGCAGCUCACCAGGCAACCGCACAGGAAAGCUGUCAUUGUCAAGGCCAGAAGAAUUGCUCAUGGCAAUUGUAGAGAAUUCUGACGUUGAGGAACUGUCAGAUGAUGAAGAUGAAGUCGAUAUGCAUGCAGCUAAGCUAAUGGAAGAACAGCAGUCUGACUCUGACUCUGAUGAUCCAGCACCUGGAGAUGAUUCAGAUGAAGAAUACAUACCUGAUGCACCUAAUGCAGCCGAAGACUCUGAGAAUGAACAUGGCCGUAAACAUAUUGAGAAUGAUGAGCUGGUUUUGGAAGAGCACGGACAUGGGCAGCCCAGGCCAAAAUCUAGGAUUGCUGGACGUGUACAGCGCUGGAGAUAUACUCCAUUUAAACCAAACUUAGUCCACUUCGAAGCUGAAGAUGACACUGUACUGAAAGAUGUUCGGGCAAGUUGGCAGGCACUGAAUUAUGUGGAGCAGUACAUCGACUCAGAGUUGAUGAAACUAAUCGCUGACUGCACAAAUGCCAUGUCACUCGUUAACACUGGGAGAUUUCUCAACACAUCAGUGGAUGAGAUGUAUCACUUCUUUGGAGCAGCAAUCUUGAUGUCUUGCGUGCCUUAUCCACAGAUGAGAAUGUUUUGGUCCAAUGCUCUACGAAUCCCUGCCAUUACUGAAAAAAUCACACAAGAUCGAUUCUUCAAACUACGGAGCCAUCUGAAAGUGGUCAUUGACAAUGACGUUCCAGAAGAACAGAAGAGAAUCGACAGAUUCUGGAAGGUGAGGCCAUACAUGGAUCGCAUACUUGCCGGCUGCCGCCUGCAGAUCCAUCCAGAGUGCGUCUCCAUAGGCGAGCAGAUGAUACCAUUCACAGGCGCUUGCCCAUUCUGGAUGUAUUUGCCACUAAAGCCAAAUCCAGUUGGGAUGAAGAACUUCGUGAUGGCAUCGGUGGAUGGUCUCGUGCUAGACUUUGAGGUGUACCAAGGCUCACAGGCACUGGCAUUGCAGGUUCCGGACUCUGAUGGAUUGGGUCUAGGAUCGCUCGUCAUCAAACGUCUGUCUGAAACCCUGACUGCCGGCACGAAAGUGUACUGUGAUCGCUUCUUCACCUCCACUGCAGCGGUGGAUACUAUGCUGAAGGAUCACAUCUAUCUUACUGGCACUGUGAUGAAGAACCGUGUCUCACAAGCAGUGAGUAAGCUACCAGAUGACAAAACCUUGAAAAUCCAAGGAAGAGGUACCUCUGCUGCAGUAACCAGGGAAGAUGGGAAAGUGUGUGUGGUGAAGUGGUACGACAAUAAGCCAGUGAUGAUGCUCUCCACUGUCCAUGCAGAGCAGCCAGAAGACCAAUGCCGGCGGUGGUCCAAGAAGGACAAAAUAUAUGUCACUGUCACAAGGCCGAGUGUUGUGCGCGAAUACAAUACAAAUAUGGGAGGUGUUGACAUGUCAGACAGAAUGAUCAGCUACUACAGAAUGGGUGUCCGAACAAAGAAGUGGACUGUUCGCAUGCUAAUGCACUUCACCGACCUGGCACUGGCCAACAGCUGGAUCCUGUACCGCAAGGAUCGCCAAGAAAGUGGAACACCAAGGAAAGCGAUCAUGCAGUUUCUGGAGUUUCGCAUGGUAGUGGCUCAGGUAUUCCUCAGCAAGUGUGACGUGGGAAAUGAAAAUCUCCUUCCACCACCUGAGAAAAAUUCUCGUGUUGCUCCAAUCCCCCAUGUCUCAGUGCGAUCCACUGCUGCCCAUCUUCCAGACAUGGUUCCUCUGAAAAACCCAAUGCGGUGCAGAAUGAAAGGCUGCACUGGGAAAUCCCGUGUGCAAUGCGUGACAUGCAAUGUUUACCUCUGUUUGACGAGUGAACGCAACUGCUUUGCAGCUUUUCACACUGGCUUUUUAAAAAAAGUUUAGAUCACUAAAAGUUUGGAUACAUACGGUUUGUUUGAAGCUUGAAAUGAAUUCUGUUAAGUGUUUUGUGGUUCUGAUUCGCAUGACUAUGCGGUUUUAUUUUUGUAAAGCCAUGUUAAGGGCUUUAAAUGAAUAGCUGAUUCAAUUUGAUGUGAUACAUAUUGAUAUUUACCUAUUAAAAUAAACUGUUUUGUACUUUUAAA